CUUCAUAUAAUGGUAAUAUAACACGAAUAGAAUCAACAGAUAUUGGUAAAAAUGUUAAUCAAUAUGUUCGCUCAGAAAUGAUGGAAGAAGAUAUUUUAUAUUAUGAUGUGACAAAUAAUGAUGAUUAUGAGGAUACAAUAGCUGCCAGUAGCUCAGAAUCAACCAAUAUUAAUUUAUUGGACAAUUUAAUAAAAGGACUUCAGCUACUUUAUAUUAAGGAAAAGAUUACACUUUCAAACAAAGUAUUUAAUGAGAUCAUGAUAAUUUUUGGUCUAUUAGAUGUUUCUCUUUUUAAACUUCGAAAAAACUUAGAAAACAUCAUUCCAAUUAAACCAAAACUUGUAGACAUGUGUUGGAAUUCGUGCUGUGCGUAUAUUGGAAAGAAUUCUGCUGCAUACUUUUCUGUAAUUGAUAGUUUAAGAAUACAGUACAAAGAUCCAUCUCGAGCUAUGAUUCUUCAAUAUCAGCAUGAAUAUACAUCAAGUGAAGAAUACAUAUCUAAUAAUGAUAAAAUUGGAGAUGUGAUUGAUGGCAAUCGAUAUAAGUCUCUGUCACAAGAAUAUGACAGAACUAAUUAUAACCCAGAGAAUUUACCAAUGCGUAUUCAUAUUAACUAUCUUCAAGACAUUGAAGCAAUAGAAAAUGAAAUUGGAGGAGCAAGAACUAGAAUACAAUAUAUUAUGCAUGCACUUUUUGAAAAUGUAGCUCUACAUAUGUUUCAUCAUUUUAGUGUUUUAUAUUUAAUUCCACUUCUUCAUGACUAUUUACCUGAGAGAUAUAUAAAUGGGUGGGCAAAAUUUGUUAAAGCAACUCAACUUUGCCUUGAACCAGUUAUUUUUAAACAAGAACUUGAAGAAAUCCAAACACAUUUUGUUGGAUUUGUUCAUCACUAUGAAAAUGAAUAUUAUCAAAGAGAUUCUGAUAGAUUACCAGCAACUCUUAUCAGCUUUCAUUACCUUUUAUAUAUAAUGAAAUCAAUUCAAGAAACAGGUCCGCCAUGGUUAACAUGGCAAUUCCUAAUUGAAAGACUAUGUGGGAUGUUAAUACCUUUAAAAAUCUUUAGUGCUUUUCAAAAAGAAACUAAAAUUCUACCUCUGGAACAUGCUUUUAGAUUUUCAGCAACUGAAGAGGAAUUACAUUCACCAUCUCAAAAGUAUAAUAUGAUAAAGACAGAUGUUCGAAAAGUUAAGCAACACUAUGACACUACAUUAGAUUUAAUGAUGAAUGAAGUAGGUGAAAUUAUUGAACAUAUUCAAAAAUAUGGCAAGCUGAGAACUAAAUCUGAAGUACUAAUUAACUCAAAGCUAGUUAACCGUAAAGGUGAUGUUACUCGCAAUAACUAUUCAAUUGCUGCAAAGCUUUUAGUUGACAAAAAUGCACACCUACCAAAAGCACAUUAUGACUUUGAAGAACGCGAGUUUUAUAGUCAAGUUUUAUACUAUUUUGUACAUGAAUUUAACAAUAAGUUAUCAAUGCUUGCUUUUGUACAGUGGAUACGAAGACCAGAAAUAUUAGGCAACAAUAUACAAUAUUUUCAUAACAUUGGUGAAACAAGUGUUAUCAAUGUAACUGCCAUUGAUCAAUAUGUAGGAUUCCUUGAAAAUUUAGGAUUCAUAAGUAAAAGCGUCGAUGAUUAUGAAUUGAUUUUAGGUGCCAAAGGUGGUCUUGAAUUAGAUCUUACUGAUAUCUUUAGGGAUCAGGUAAGAGGUAAAAUCAAUCAUCCUGGUACUCCACCUUUUCAAGAAGAUAUAGAUAAUGAUCAAUUGACCGUCAGAGAAUCAUUGAAAAGGCAUUCUUUAAUAUUAGACUUAAGGGUCGUUUAA